AUGUUCGCAGCAGCAAACCAAGAAGAUAGUCUGAAAGACCUCAGCCGUGCAGCAGAGUCAUUCUGGGAGAGAGAACAUUUGGUGCAAGCCGAGGAAACCGCACGGCGUGCCCUGGACGGGCAAAAACAGCUUCUUGGGGAUGGCCAUCGCGAAACAUUGACCACAGCCACUACAUUGGCAGGGAUCCUAAAGCAGCAGGACCGCGACGAUGAAGCUGCAAUAUUUUACGAAAACAUCCUGCAAACAGCUGACGAGGUCCUCGGCGGCGAGGACCUUGUUACCUUGCGAGUCCUCAAUGACUUCGGGUUACUUUUACAGAAACAAAGGAAGUAUGACGCUGCGCGUCGGAUGCAUGAACAAGCCGUGAGGGCGUAUGUUGCGCAUUACGGCGAAGAACACAGUUCCAGCAUUAGCAGCAUGACGAAUCUGGCGCGAGUGAUGAAGGCUCAACGUGACUACGAGGAGGCAGAAGACCUAUUUCGACAUGGACUGGCGCUCCGCGAGGAGCUGCUGGGAGUCACGCAUCCGGAAACCAUGGAUAGUGCGGAAUCACUGGUCAGAGAGACCGCCGGUCGACAGCUGGCACUGAUGGGAGGAAAUAGUCCAGACCUGCUACAGUGUAUGAGCAGUUUUGCAAUACUCAUGCUGGACCAUGGUCGCACGGAUGCUACCGUCGAAAUCGCCAAGCGAGCAGUCGAGACUCGAAAACACUGGAAGGAUAAGCAUUCCCUAGAUACUGUAGAUCCCAACACGCUCACGUCAUUGAACAACCUGGCAGGCGUGCUACAGAGUUGCGGCCACCAUUACUCCGCCGAGGAAAUCCACCGAGAGGUCCUCGAGGGAUCACGUUUGGUCCUGGGACCCGAUCAUCCCAAUACCCUAUCAACGUGCAGUAAUUUGGCCCAGGUACUAGAGAAGCGCGGUGCAUUCGCCGAGGCAGAUGACCUGAAACGACAGGCGUAUCAGGGACGAGUCAGGGUACUAGGUCCUGAACAUUCCAGGACAAUCGCUAGCAUGGCGGACCUGGUGGAUGUGCUGGUAUGGCAGGAAAAGUGCGGUGAGGCAACAGAACUGAACAUUUCUCUGGUCGAUGUGAAGCGGAAGGUGUUGGGUGCCGAUGACCCCUCGACGCUGUGGAGUAUGUGUACUCUUGGAAUGCUUUAUGAACGCCAGGGAGACUUGCGGGCUGCGCGGGACACGUUCGACACUGCAUUUGCGGCGGCCAAGACGGUCUGCCCACCAGAUCACUCUGUCCGCAGGUCAUGCGAAGCCGGAUGGUACAGACUAAAAGACGUUGAAGACACUCGGGACUAG